GGCUGUAUUAGCGGGCGGAGCGCGAAUCGUCAUAGGAAAGUAAAAAAAAAACAAAAGGAAAAUUUCCACAAUUUUCUACAUUGAACAGUUCUUGAUCUUAGUUUAUCUAGGAAUCUUUAUGUAGCAGUGUUUCACAGGAAAUGGUGAUAGUGUUUAGCUGUUAGAUUCCAGCCGUAGUUCGACUUAGUCAUCAUGACAGCAGACAACAAGGAAAAAGAGGAUUCGAGCAAUGGAAAUGUGGCGGAUGUCGAAGGUGUAUCCAAGAAGCUGAAGUAUCCACGAUCCAUUCCGUUCAUAAUCAGUAAUGAGUUUUGCGAACGAUUCAACUACUAUGGAAUGCGAACUGUUUUGGUACUGUACCUUACUCGGAAGCUGGACUACGAUGAUGACACGGCGACUGUUAUGUAUCAUUCUUUCACCACCUUAGUCUAUUUCAUGUGUAUUUUCGGUGCUAUCAUUUCGGACAGUUGGCUGGGCCGAUUUCGUACGAUCUGGUCCUUGUCCAUUGUGUAUGUGUGCGGUAGUACAUUGAUUUCGAUAGGAGCUAUUCCCACGCUCGAUGUCAAUGCCAAGGCUAUGACCAUCAUCGGUCUACUGUUGAUCGCCAUCGGUUCCGGUGGAAUCAAACCAUGUGUGGCAGCUUUCGGUGGAGAACAGUUCAAAAUGCCGGAGCAGGCACGCUAUCUAGCGAUUUUUUUCUCCAUGUUCUAUUUCUCCAUCAACUCGGGAUCGUUUAUAUCCACUAUGAUAACUCCGAUUCUUCGUGAAGAUGUCAAGUGUUAUGGGGAGGAUGACUGCUUCUCUUUGGCGUUCGGAGUUCCCGCCAUCCUUAUGGUUGUUUCGAUAGUUAUCUUCUUAAUAGGAAAACCGCUGUACAAAAUCACCGAACCCGCAGGCAAUAUGUUUGUCAAGGUGUCCAAAUGUAUUUGGACAGCGAUUCGUAUCCGAUCCAAAGAAAAGUCAAUCAAUCCCCGCGAGCACUGGCUGGAUUAUUCAGAAAAACGCUGGGGAAAUCAGUUAGUAGAUGAGACAAAGAUUCUGAUGAAUGUUUUACGGCUGUACAUUCCACUCCCUAUAUUUUGGGCUCUGUUCGAUCAACAGGGCUCCCGGUGGACUUUCCAAGCAACCAGAAUGGAUGGAGAUUUGGGUUCCUGGUCACUUAAGCCAGAUCAGAUGCAGGUCAUUAACCCCUUAUUGAUCCUGGUCUUCAUUCCUCUGUAUGAAGUUGCCUUUUACCCGCUGCUGUCGUUAAUUGGAAUUCGACGCCCGUUACAGAAGAUAACUCUUGGAGGAAUUCUUGGGGGUGUAGCUUUUUUCAUUUCCAUGAUCGUAGAGAUUCAACUGGAGAGCACUUACGCCGUGAUCCCGAAAGCAGGCGAAUCGCAACUACGUCUCUUCAAUGGAAUGAAUUGUACAUACAAUGUAGAAACCAACAUUCCUGGACACGCUAAAUUCGUGUUAGAUGCAAUGGGAGCAUUUGAAGAAAAAUACAUUGCUAUUCAAGGUCAAAAAUCCUUUACAUACUCUUUACAGUCGAACUCUCCCGGUGUUGGCUGUGACGUCAGUAUAUCGAACACAUUCGAGCUGGAAGAACGGGAACAAAUUUCCUACUUCAUUAACAACCGUGAUGGUAAAGUGAACUUAUUGCGCUAUAUAGACAACACUGAAAAGUCCUCCAAAGGUUACCCAAUAUUCCGAGUGCUUGGAAAUACUGCCGUUGACAAGACGUUUGUAUUCAAAGACUUAGAUCCCUCGAAUUCUUUCGAUAGACAUAAAAAUAAUACGUAUUUCAAUGAUAUUAUAGAAUCGUAUCCAUCAGAUUAUGAGAUAUUUAUUGACGGUGUUUCCGUUCUGAACUACAAAAUGCGACUUGGAGGGGUUUAUACCUUCAUAGUGACUGAAGAAGAAUCCAAAACCACCGCCACCGUUAUAACUGUAACCGCGCCGAAUUCAAUCAACAUGCUGUGGUUGAUUCCACAAUACGUGGUGCUAACCCUAGGUGAGGUCAUGUACUCGAUCACGGGUUUGGAGUUUUCCUUCACCCAAGCCCCGGAGAGCAUGAAGUCUGUACUGCAAGGUUGCUGGCAAUUAACGGUUGCUGUCGGUAAUCUGAUCGUGGUCAUCGUAGCCGAGGCAAAGUUCUUUGAUGCGCAAAAGUGGGAAUUUCUGCUAUUUGCGGUGCUUAUGAUCGUCGACAUGGGACUAUUUGCCGCAUUGGCUUAUUACUAUAAAGCGAUACCGCUGAAAAAAUACGACGAAGAUGACGCGAACACAACUCUGCCCAUCGAAGAGCAGAAGGAAGAGCGUGGACUAGAGAAUCCGACCUUUAUUAAGAAUGAAUGAACGAUUAACCCGGAAAUGACAAUAACUAUGUAGAUGAAAAGUUUCUAGACUGUAAAAUAUAAAAUAAUUUUUUGUGGAAUUAUAGCUGUAAAACGAGCCCGAUAUAUUCUUCUUCUAUAUAAGAUCUUCCUGGUAACGAU